UACUACUCCAAAUCUAUGCUUCCAAUCCAAUCUCAUAAAGCCUUCUCUUUAUCUCAUUGUUCACUAUCCCGAUCGUAAUUACUUCCUAACUUUGCGUUUUGCGGCAUAUAAUUUGCCAUGGAACUCAGUUUUAGGCCACAACUUGGGCUUGUUUGUGUGAUAUUGCUGUUCCCUGCACUGUGUAACUGCCAGGAAUAUUUCACCAAAUCAAGAGCAACCUAUUAUGGUACCCCUGAUGGCUACGGGACUCCAACGGGAGCUUGUGGCUAUGGCGAAUUUGGACGCUUGAUGGAUGGGUAUGGUGGAAGAGUCACUGGGGUGUCUGGGCUGUGGAGGAAUGGAGCUGGCUGUGGUACAUGUUAUCAGGUAAGGUGCAAAAUACCAAAAUUGUGCGAUGUGAAUGGAGUAACCCUAGUGGUAACAGACUAUGGUCAGGGAGACGGAACAGACUUCAUCAUGAGCCCACGUGCCUUCUCAAAAUUGGGAGUGAAUAAAAUAGCAUCUGAAGAGAUUAAGAAAAAAGGCACAGUGGAUAUUGAAUUCAAAAGGGUUCCCUGUAAAUACACCGGCAAUGUCUUGUUUCAUGUCCAGGAAACUAGCAGCAACCCUGGUUACUUCGCUGUUGUCAUUCUCUUUGUAAACGGAAAAUACGACCUCACUGAUGUUGAAAUGUGGCAGAAGAGUCAACAACGAUGGGAACCACUACGCAGGUCCUAUGGGGCAGUGUUUGACUUUGCUAACCCACCAAGUGGUGAAAUCCUCUUGAGGUUUAAAGCGGGUUCUUGGAAGCUGGCGAAAAUCCCUGCUAAUUGGAAGCCUGGAGCUACUUAUGACACCAAGGUUCAGUUUUAAUAGAAAGAAAAAUGCAAUCUGCAUGGGAUCCCAACAAGAGAUUACAAAUAAGCUCUAGUAUUACUCUGUUUGUAAUUAGUGUCAAUGUUAUUGGUCAUGUUUCUAUUUUCUAAAGGGUUGGAAUAAUGGGGAAUAUUCAUCUAAUUCCCCCUCUAAAAUUACAUGUAAUAUGAAUAAAAUAAAAGUGUUUGAAGUUGUUAAUCAAAUUGAUAGUGACGCCGGCAUAUGGCAAUCGGCAAAUGACCACA